AAAGAUAAAAAGACCAAGUUGAUAAAUGAUAUCUGGGAACUUCGAAACAUUAAUAUACAAGCGAAUAUGACAGAGGAGAAAUCAAAGGCUGAGGCAGUCCAACAUGCAACCAUUGCUACAGUGACGAUGGAACAAGUUCAACAAUAUGCUAGAUCAACCACAACCAGUAUUAGGAAGAACUUCCUUGAUGACAGCGAAAGAAAAGCAAAACGUACCAGAUUUUGUAAGGAUAGUAAUGAUGGUGACAAGGAAUCAUCCAAUGAUGAAAAUGAUAGUGAAAUAGAUCUUUUUUUUCAUUCAUCUCCAUCAGGCGGUAUUUCUGAUGCUCCAGAUCUUUUUAGUUCUGAAAUUAUUUCUGAUGUGCAAAAUGGCAUCUCAAGUGAUAAAAACAACCAAACAUCUUUGCCAUCUACGCAAGUUUCAGAUGAUCCAGUAAUAACAGAGCACCCAUUACAAACAUUGCAGUGUAUUCUUAAAUCUGAAGAGAAUUUCACCGACAUAUGGAAUAAAUAUUUGCUCAAGAUUGAUUUGCAUCCAUGGAGGGUGGAGCAUGAUUGUAUUGUGAUAACCUUUCAAAAUGAUAUACUCAAAUCUCUGUGUUCAAAAUCAAGCUGGAAGCAAAUCCGAGGCCAACGACUAUGUCUUGCAGAAGAAAGUUUAUUGGGAAGACUUAAACCCAUUUUACAAAAGGCUAAAAAUGAUAAGAAUCUUUGUUUCAAAAGUUUGUGCAGUGAACUUACAAGUAAAAGAAACGUCAUCUCACAUCCUUUGACCACAGAAGCCAUGUGGAGCAUAAUAAUGAGUUUUGUAACAGGGAAAGCCAUGCGUGAUGGAGAUAUUGAAUAUAUGUGGGGGGAGGUUGAGUUAAAUUCAACAGCAUCAAGAAAAAAUGGCGGGCGUGAUAUUCUUUCACUUACAAAAGUUGCAACAGGACAUAAAGGGGAUGGAGCGGGACUGUCAAAUGAUGGACAUGAAUGCUUUGUUUUGGAAAUAUCUUAUGCUCCGCAAAACCAAGAUAGGAGGAAGACGGCUGAAGAUUUUUAUAAGUUGCUUCGAGAAAUGAGAGACAUGCUUCAUGCUUCUAAGAAAGAAAAGCGUGAAUUAGGCUAUAAGAUACCAAAAGAGAGUUUGUGUGUAUAUGGUUCACAAUGUUAUGGAUAUACACAAAAUUUGUUUGAGAUGGAGUACAUUAAGCCCUUUUAUGUGGUUCGAAAAAUUGGGUCUAUGAAAAUUCCUCAUAGUGAUAUCACAAAACUUUCCCUUGUUCUGCGAAUGAUGUGGGCAUUUAAAAAAAGGGUCACUUCUGCAAAUGAGGUGUGGAACAGUUUAGAAAGCCAAUAUGAAACCAUCAUGACGCUAGAAUCAUCUGAUGAUGAAGAUAACUUCACAAAGGUGUCUCCUAAGAAGCCAUCAAGACGUAUUGAUAUGAAUAUAACUCAAAAAUUUCACUGA